AUGUUUUUAUCAAGAAGAUUAUGGCGACUUAUAAGUCAACUAUUUUUUUUCCUAAUAGUUGCAUCGGUAUUAUUAUUUAUAGCCAAUAGCCGACAAAUUAUAGAAAUUAACAAAUAUAUUCCAUUUGAUAUAUUCGGUACAACAGCACCAUCAUUUUUCCAACCAGUUUCGGAUCUGUUUAUAGUUGAUAUUUCAUUCCAGAAUUGUUUUAAAAUGAACUCAAAUAAUAAUCAAUGUGGAUUACCAUCUGCGCUGGAAGGUGUUUUGGGAGAUAAAGCACAAUGGGUUAGAUUGAGUAAAGAUAUAACUCUUGGAUCUUCUUGGGUUAAAUCUCAAUUUAUGAGUUAUAAAAAAAUCAAACAUGAAUCAUAUGAAGAAUAUUUGAAAUCUCAAAAGCAACAAGAUCCAACAAGUACUUCUAUAGUUGAUGAGGUUAUUAUAGAUAUCGCAGUUGCAAAUCCUUUGAUUGAUUCAAAGAUAAAAGGCAAUGAAAAAUUGAAAUUUCCUGAAUAUAUUAUAAAAAGUAUGCAUGAAGAUGUGGUUUAUGAUGAUUCUACACAUGCUAAUUUGGUGGAACAGAAUAAUGAUAAUAGAGUAGAUGCGCAUCCUGUUGAUGCAGAAGUUGAACAGUUAUUAGAACUGCCAAAAGAAGAACAGAAACCAAAGGAAGAGGAACAAAAAGAAGAAACACCGGAAGAACAUAGAAAAGAUGAAGAGAGAAAGAAAGAACAAGAAGAUGAACAAAAAGAUGCUUCUGAGGAAGAUAAACAAGAGAAACAAAAAGAGGGUGAACUUUUAAAAGAAGCAGCAAAUGAAGAAGAGAAAGAAAAGGAAAAAGAAGGUAAAAAAUUAGAAGAGUCCUCGAAGGAGGAUAAAGACAAGAAUACCAAACGUGAAGUCGUCACUGAUAUUAAAGAAUUAAAACGAUUAUUAUAUAUUCCAACUAAAGAACAGGUUCAAGAAAGUGGAUGGAGAUAUAAAUCAAAUGGUAUUUGGUUGAGAUACGGACCACAUGAUGAAAAAACUGCUGUGUCUGCAAUUGAUUUAUUAUUUGGAGACGAAGCAGUUGAUCCAAGACCAAAUUGGAGGUUGAUUAAACGUCCUCUUAAAGAUGUUUCCAAUCCAUCAGAUUUACCAGUGUAUUUAACAUUCAGAAGAGGACCAAGAAUUGAUUAUAAGAAGGAAUAUGGGAAGCCAUUAAAGAUGAAUGAUGAAGAUAAAUUCAAGAUUUUACAAGUUGCCGAUAUGCACUUUUCCACUGGUUAUGGGAAGUGUAGAGAUCCAGAACCAGAAAGUUCAGCAAAAGGUUGUAAAGCGGAUGCAAGAACUUUGGAAUUUCUUGAGAAAGUAUUAGAUUUUGAGAAACCUGAUAUGGUUGUACUUACUGGGGAUCAAAUUUUUGGUGACGCUUCUCCUGAUUCAGAAUCCUCUGCAUUUAAAGUAUUGUAUCCAUUUGUGAAGAGAAAGAUUCCAUUUGCUAUAACAUUAGGAAAUCAUGAUGACGAAGGUUCAUUGAAGAGAAAGGAAAUCAUGGGUAUUUAUGUUGAUGUUCCUUAUUCCGUUGCAGCUGUUGGUCCUGAUGAUAUUGAUGGAUAUGGUAAUUAUGUGGUUACAGUAGAAGGUAAAUCAUCCAAAGGUACUGCAUUGUCGUUAUUCUUUGUUGAUUCCCAUUCUUAUUCAAAGACACCAAAAGUCACUCCUGGAUAUGAUUGGAUUAAAGAAAACCAGUUGAUUUACCUCAAAAUGGAAGCUGAUUCGAUUAAAGAUAGUGUGGAAAAAUAUAGAAAGAGCAAGAAAAUUCCUUUAUCCAUGGCAUUUUUCCAUAUUCCAUUACCAGAGUUUAGAAACAUGAACCAACCAUACAUUGGUGAAUUCCGUGAGGGAAUCACUGCACCACGUUAUAAUUCCGGAGCUAGAGAUGUAUUUGGAGAAAUGGGUGUUCAAGCCAUCAGUGUUGGUCAUGAUCAUUGUAACGACUAUUGUUUACAAGAUACGCUUCGUGCAGAAUCUCCUGAAGAAAAUAAGAUAUGGUUAUGUUAUGGUGGUGGAUCUGGUUUAGGAGGUUAUGGUGGUUAUAAUGGAUACAUUAGACGAAUGAGAGUUUAUGAAUACGAUACCUCAAAGGGCGAAAUCAAGACCUGGAAACGUACCGAAGCUGAACCAGAUAAGAAAAUAGAUGAACAGAUUUUGGUUACUGGUGGUAACGUUGUCAAUUGGAAGUGA